AAGUAGGGGGGGUUGUCGCUCAGUUGCUAAGCUGCAGCCGAGGAGCAACCAGACUGUCAACAAGUUGUCAUCAGCUGCUGAGACAGAUUAGCUGCCGCCGGUUUAACGUUUAAACUUUAACCUGCCCGCUCGUUCAGAUGAUUAACUGCGGCGGACAGACGAAGGUGGAGGAAGCUCAGUGCAGAGAGUGAAUGAGAAGCUGACGUCCGUCCUCUCUGAUCCUGACUGAACUUCAUGAAUUAACCUCAGCGGUCGUCCGGCAGUUCAAGCAAAGCAGCCAGUCUCCCAGUGUGACCAGCAUGGCUGCCGCCAACACCACCAAGAUCUCAUGGCGCCUGCAGGAGUUCGAGGCUCACUCCAGCAGGGUUUCCUGUUUGGCUCUGGGGAAAAGCUCCGGCCGCCUGCUGGCCUCCGGAGGGGAGGACUGCAGAGUCAACCUGUGGGCCGUCAGCAAGGCCAACUGCAUCAUGAGUUUGACUGGUCACAAGAACCCAGUGGAGUGUGUCCAGUUCAACGUGUCGGAGGAUCAGAUCGUCACCGGUUCGCAGUCUGGAUCAAUACGAGUCUGGGACAUGGAGGCCGCCAAGAUUUUAAGGACUCUGAUGGGACACAAAGCCAACAUCACCAGUCUGGGCUUCCAUCCGUUUGGAGACUUCCUCGCCUCAAGCUCCAUGGACACAAACAUCAAGCUGUGGGACGUGCGGAGGAAAGGAUAUGUGUUCAGGUACACGGGUCACACUCAGGCAGUGCGGAGCGUGGCCUUCAGUCCGGACGGGAAGUGGUUGGCCUCAGCCAGUGACGACUGCACCGUCAAGCUGUGGGACCUGACUCAGGGGAAGACGAUCACAGAGUUCAAAUCUCACACUGCGGCCGUCAACAUCGUCCAGUUUCACCCCAACGAGUACCUGCUGGCAUCAGGCAGCUCCGACAGGACCGUCAAGCUGUGGGAUCUGGAGAAGUUCACGAUGAUCGGCUCGAUGGAGGGAGACACGACUCCUGUCAGGUGUGUGUUUUUCAGCCCGGACGGCAGCUGUCUCUACAGCGGGGCCACAGACUCCCUGCGGGUCUUUGGCUGGGAGCCCGACCGCUGCUUCGACGUGGUGCCGGUGGGCUGGGGAAGAGUCUCCGACCUGGCGGUCUGCAACCAACAGCUGAUCGGUGUGUCUCACCAGCUCUCCAGUGUGUCGUCCUACGUGGUGGAUCUGAAGAGGGUGAAGAAGAGCGGCGGCUCUGUGAUCAAGGGAAUCAUCCAGGACAACCAGCCGCUCACAGAGCCGAAGGAUCCUCGAGGAGCCGCACUGCGCAGGAACUACGAGAGACCCGCAACCACCUGCAGCUCACAGAGGGUGAGGCAGAGGUCAGACGCCGAUAGGCGGAGCCCCGAAGGAGAGAGGCGGAGCCCCAGUGAGGACGAGGGAGACGAGAAAGUGUCAUCAGCUGAAAUCCACAACGCAGAAGACUACAAGGAGAUCUUCCAGCCCAAGAACGCCAUCUCUCGCACUCCUCCCAAGAUCUCGGAGCCUUUCCCGGCCCCUCCAGAGGACGAGACGAUAUUAGCGAUCGGCCAUCAGCUGAAGGACAUGAUGAUGUGUCCUUUUCCUGACAAGCAGCAGGCUCCUCCGCUGGCCUCCUCCACCCCUGUCCAGAGGGUGGAGCCGACAGUGGUGUCCUGUGGGAAGCGCCCGGCGCCCUCAGCGAUCGACCCGGCGCCCUCCAACCCCCCCGCCUCCGUCCCGCCUCCCCCUCUUCCUCCCGUCACCACGGCGAAGUCUAAACCACAACCUAAAAUCAUCCUCAGCAGCAGGAACGAGCUGAUCGGACUGAACGUGGCCGACUUCCUGCACUCUUCGCCCAACAACAGAGCCGGGGCGCUGAGCGACGAGGAGGCGCUGUCUCAGAUCAAGAAGGGCCACGACACCAUGUGCGUGAUGCUGAGCAGCCGACACAAGAACCUGGAGACGGUCCGAGCCGUGUGGGCCAGAGAGGACAUCAAGUGCGCUCUGGACACUGCCGUCUCCAUGAACGACUUGUCCAUUGUUGUGGACAUCCUCAACAUCAUCAACCUGCAGCCCUCGCUGUGGAAACUGGACCUGUGCACAUCGAUUCUUCCUCAGAUCGACAAACUGCUGCAGAGUAAAUAUGAGAGCUACAUGCAGACCGGCUGUACGUCUCUGAAGCUGAUCAUGAAACACUUCUGGAUGCUGAUCUCUGACACGCUGAAGGCCACGCCGUCUGUCGGAGUCGACAUCACGCGAGAGGAGCGACACCAGAAGUGCCGAAUGUGCUGCAAGCAGCUGAGGAACCUGAGCAACCUGGUGAAGAACAAGGCGGCGCAGGUCGGCCGGCACGGCAGCGUCUUCAAGGAGCUGCAGCUGCUCAUGGUGCCGCUCGACGACGCCCUCUGAGACCGAACACGCCGACGGCAGACCCAUCGUCGCUACAGCAUCAGCUGAUCUGCGGCCGGACGCUUUGAGAUUCUGUUCAUGUGACACUAAUCCUCCGGAGGCCGCGCUCACGCUGUGGGAGGAAGAACUGUGUUAAUAAAGUGUUAUUUAAAGACGUUCGUCUUCUUGUACUAUGACGCGAGUCUGACAGACGGACAGCUGCUGUGGUCAGGCAACACGAUCAGCUCGUCACAAGGCGCGGCGUGCGGCGCUGACCUCAGACCUGCCUGAGAGAAACGUCGCUGCUGCCGUCAGGAGCCUCAGACGGCCGGCGGCUCUUAACGGACGAGAUCUGAAACUGAUCUAACAGCAAACUGAAAACCACGGCCACCUUACAGGAAUAGUUUGACAUUUUGCUGAGUCAGAUUGAUACCACGCGUGUCUGUGUGAUAAAUAUGAAGCUGCUUAGCCUAGCUUAGCAUCAGUCUGAACAUCUAACUCAGCAAGAAAGUGAAUAAGUGUAUUUCCCAAAACGUCAAACUUUCCCUUUAAAAGUUGCCACGAGGAACGCGACAUCCCAAACCGAAGAGACGGCGUGUAGAGCGCUUUAACACCUGCAUCCGCUCACCUGAGGGGAUGAAGAGCAACGCUUUGUCCAAAUCUUGUGAUCGACACAUUUAGUCCAAAACAGUGAAAAUAUUUGAUCAUCAGAAAAUUCAUCGUGUCUGUCUUUUUCUACUUCAGGAAGUUAGAGCCGCUAUUUUAAAAUGUACUGUUCUUACUGUUUAUUUAAAUAAAGUUGUACAUGUUGGGAUUAAA